AUGAUGAAAGUACUGCGAGAUGACGGUCCUUUAAUUUCAAAUGCUCGAGUUCCUGCGCAGCUACUCCAUGAUGAAGGGAGCUUGCAGUCGAAAUUUCACGCCAAGGUUGGGUCUACAAUUGGUCGCUUUCAAUGGCGCAAUUCAGUCAAUACAAAUAUCAUGGUUCGUAUUCAGGUGUCAGAGUCAAAUGGACUUUCGUCUGGAACUGCCACUGCUCAUCCAACAUGCUUGGCCAGGAUGUGGAUGCCGCCCAGGAAAAAUAUCGUGCAAUUUUUUGCAAAUAUGGUGUUACUCCAUAUUCCUAAAAUUGAUUUCGUAGUAGCAUGUUCUCGAAUUCAGCCUAUAAUGGACUGUAAUGAGCACGAAGUAGAUUUUGAUUCUAAUGGUGAAGCUGAGAGUAAUGUAGCAAACAUGUCAGAGUACAUGAGAAAUGACACUACCACUCCGAAGUCCAUCGUUUGGCAGUUGCUCCGUCUUGCUGUCAUAGAGCAGCAGAUAUACCGAAUCCAUCAGUUCUUGAAGGUUGCUGGAUUUGAUCUCUGUGGUAAGGAGUAUUUGCAGUAUUCUUCAGCUUCUGUAUUCUCACAACAUCGGCAUGCGAGUGUUUCACUCCUUCUGGACCCCGUGAGAUUUCUAGAUAAAACAUUUAUUCAGUAA